UCCGUAGCCAUUUUGGCUCAAGCCAUUUUGGCUCAAGCCGUCUCUGGCUUCCGCAGCAGACAGUAUUUCAUAGGUUGAUAUCGUGACCAUGGUCAAGGCACACACAGCACUUGAUGAGAUUGACAGCAAGGGCGAUUUCCAGCGAUCGGCUGCUGGCUUCAGCAAUAGAGUUGCACCAGAAUCACGCUUCGAGCCUGAGGCCAGCCGGUACCAUCUGUACGUGGCGCUCGGUUGCCCAUGGGCCAAUGGUUGUCUCACAGCACUCAAGUUCAAGGGCCUCGAGGACAUCAUCAGCGUCUCCGUGGUCCAUCCGACUUGGCGCCGCACCCGCUGUGACGAUCCGGAAGAUCUACACACUGGCUGGCACUUCAGAGCUCCCGGUGACGCGCCAGUGACCAACGAGCUCGGCCACGGUUCGUUCGAAUGCGAUGACGCGUGCAUCCCCGACACUGUCAAUGGCUGCAAAACCAUCCGCGAGCUGUACGAGCGUGCGAACGAUCAGACGGGCAAGUACAGCACCCCUGUUCUCUGGUGCAAGAAGGAGGACACCAUCGUUUCCAACGAAAGCAUGGAGAUCCUGCAGAUGCUUGACAGUGCCUUCGAUGAGUGGUGCAAGCACCCCGAGCGCAAGCUGUUCAACAAAGCUGAGGCGGCGGCGGCGGAGGAGCUGAACUCUUAUAUCUACCCGACUGUCAACAACGGCGUCUAUCGUUGCGGCUUCGCACGCACUCAAGAGGCCUAUGUCCGGGCGCACGCGGAGUUGUUUGCAUCCCUCGAUCGCCUCGAGGCGCUAUUGGCCAAAAGUGGGACGGCUUUCUUGACAGGCUCCGAAUUCCGGUGGAUCGACCUGCGCUUGUACAUGACUCUUGUGCGUUUUGACCCGGUGUAUGUCGUCUACUUCAAGACGAGCCACAAGCGGCUCGCCGACUUCCCGCACCUGCUGCGUUUUGUGCGCACGUGCUACUCCAUCCAGGCGGUCAAGGCCACCAACAUCAAGCACAUCAAGAUGCACUACUUCUCCUCGCAUCCUACCCUAAAUACGUACGGCAUCCUUCCAGCGAGCGACGGGCCAGAGCUCGUGGAGGCGGAGCCGUCGUAGAUUCCGUCUCGCGAGACACACAACGAAAAGCACGGUUGGCCUUUCCAAUGUGCUUGCGAGUCAUUUGUGCGAUGCGACGCUGCGUCGACAGCCAAGCCUCCGUCCCGCAGUUCUCUCCUCCUCCUCUUUCUCUUGCGGCCGGUGCAUUUGUAUUUCUGGCGUGCGCCAGGGUUUUCGAGCAGAUGAUGCGCGUGACUGCCGCUUUUGGCAUCCACGCUGCCAGCUGAUUUGCUCCUCCUCCUUCUCCUCGUCCCUCCCUCUUACUCAUCAUGAGCUCGAUGCAAACGUCCGCGGGUCGGGCUCACGCUGGGUCACAAGCGCCCUCGGUCGACGUCGCGCAGUUCCCCCAGUCCUGGACAUACGAUGGGCUGCUGGGAUGGUGCGCACACGCUUCGUGCACCUGGGCCUCGCCACGCUUUGCGGAGCAGAAAAAAAAAUGUCGCUCCAUGCUUCCUUGUGCUUUACCCUUGGCUGGGGCUCCGCAGGCGGUCUCGCAUCGGCGCAGCAGGGCGCGGGCAUGUGUUUUCGAGGCGGGAUAUUUUGAAAUUCUUCGGAGGAGGUGUUUGCAAGACCUCAUUGGGCGGGAGAUUUGGAAAUGGUAAUAACGGACCCCCCCGAUAGAACAAUCAUCCCCCAUGAUGGAGAUGUUUAUCAUGAUGGUCGCAUGCUGCGUGUGGAAACAUCGCGCAGGAUUAUGAAAUAUGUGUUGUUGUUGCUGCUGCUGUUGUUGUCGUUGGCGUUGUCGUUGUCGUUGU